AAAACAACGUGGGGGCUACUAUUGAUUUUGACAGUAUUUGAAGUGAAGUGGAGGCUGUGCUCUUCACUUAUCCUGACAGCGUUGCGACAUUCGAAUAUAUAGAUGUUUUCUAGCCGCGGGUGCCACUCAGUGACGCCGCUCCGCAGCUUUGAUAGUUAAAAGCGUGAAGCCAUAGCAUUGUGGAGUGCGUGGCGAUGGUGAAUUUAAAUGUUGGCUUCGUCAGGGACAAUCACAUUUAGCUCGGACACAAAGCAGGCCUGGGUCAGAUAUGAAGGCAGAACCCGCUGCUGGAAAACAGCGACUGGGAUGGUAUCAUGGAGAGGGACAGGCACCAAGAUGGAGAGGCACACGGCGUGAAGAUUUGUGAUCCCCCCUCAGAGAGCAAUUCGCCUGCCGACACUUUGGCGACUUCUCUCUCGCUCUUGGGGAAUCAUAUGUUUCCCGAUCCGACGGAGAUAAAUGACGGCGAUGCUGCUGACAAAGAGGACCCCGCAGAGUCGCGCCUGUCGGACGUCGCAGCGCAGGAGCAGAGUCUGGACGCAGAGCCCCUCUCGGACCAGGAGAAAGAGCAAGAGACUGAGGAGACAGAAAACACAGAGCGUCAGAACAAUGACUCCACUGAGACAGCUGACGGAGGAACCGAGGACGCUGCCGUAGACCACGACCAGAGCGAUUCUGGGGAGUUUGUCGUCACCGUACUGGCCAAGGCCAAGCUGGAGGAGCAAGGUAUAGGUGUGAAGGGGAGGUCGUCGCCCUUGUUGGAGGCAGGCACCCAGGAAUGUCCCGCAUUUAUAUCUCAUCGUGAUGAGGAUGUGACAGGCGACAGCUGGCGGCAGCACAGGAAGCAUGUUUUUGUGCUGAGUGAAGCAGGCAAACCCAUCUAUUCCCGAUAUGGCAGCGAAGAGGCUCUUUCAUCCACGAUGGGAGUCAUGAUGGCGCUGGUGUCCUUUGUCCAAAGUGGAGAUAAUAUCAUCCGCUCAGUCUAUUCAGAGCAGCACAUCGUCGUGUUCCUGCAGAAAGGACCCCUGGUGCUGGUGUGCGUCUCCAGCAGUCGUCAGUCCGAGGAGCAACUGCGCGGCGAGCUCCUUUACGUGUACUAUCAGAUCAUCAGCAUGCUCACCCAGGCCAGCAUAUCCCGCAUCUUUGAACACAAGAAAAACUAUGACCUGAGGAGACUCCUGGCCGGCUCGGAGAAGAUCCUGGAUGGCCUCCUCAACCUGGUAGACUCGGACCCCAGCUUCCUGCUGGCAGCGAUACAUUGCCUACCCCUAGCAUCCUCUCUCAGGGACUCUCUCAGCCACAUCCUGCAGAAAGCGAUCACGCCCAAUCUGGUUUUCUCCAUCCUGGUCGCCAAGAACCAGCUGCUCACCAUCGUCCAGGAGAAGACCGUCAUCGAGGACACCAGGCUGGAACCCACCGAUGUCCACCUCCUGCUCAACCUCAUCGGAGCCUCCUCUGCCUUUCAGGCUGGGGAGAUCUGGACUCCCAUCUGCCUCCCUCUCUUUAAUCCGGACUGUUACUUUUACGCGUACAUUUCUUACCUGGACCCUCCAGAGUGUACUGUUUGUUUGCUGCUGCUCUCCACAGACAAGGAGGCUUUCUACGCUGUAGCGGAGUGCAAGAGGAAGAUAGAAGAGGCCAUGGUGGCUCAGAACUCCCUGAGCCUCAUUGCCAAAGCCCAGUCCUACAGCGUGAGCCAGGUGGGCGUCUCAGACCUCAGACACUUCAUGUACAAGCCCUUUGAUGUGCCAGACACCUACCGCCAGCUCACGCAGUUCACCAGCCCAGAGAUGGAGGCACCGUACAGCAGCGAAGAGGAGAAAAUGCGACUGCUGGACCUUUAUCGUUUUAUGCACAGCCGCAUCCACAGCACCUCCCGGCCCCUCAAGCUCAUCUACCACGUUGCUGAGAGAGAGACUCUGUUGGCCUGGGUCACAAGUAAAUUUGAGCUGUACACGUGCUUCAGUCCUCUGGUGACAAAGGCCUGCGCCAUCACAGCGAUCACGAAGCUUCUGAGGUGGAUUAAAAAGGAGGAGGAUCGUCUCUUCAUCAGAUACCCUCCAAAGUAUUCAACCACCCCAAACCCCAGCAAGAGCUCUCGAGGUGGCAAAUCUGACCAGCAAGACUCCACAGAUAAUGGCUUCUUAUCUCUUCUAUAGGACUCUCUUUACAAUAGUGGCCACUUGGCCUUACUCGACAAUAGUUUCUACACUGGUUGCAAGAUAUUUUUUGAACCAUGUUUUGACACCUGUUGGACUUGACAGACAUUGACUACUGGAAUCAAACACUACGUUUUACACUAUUUAAGAAAGAAUGAUCCCUUUGAAACUAGUAUUAUGACCUCACCUUAAAUGGAAAGCAUUUCAUUGCAUCUCUGCUUUCGAUCGGAAACCGUCAGGGCAAAGCAGCAUUAGUAGGUUUUAAAUUGAACUGUGGUAGGAUAUAAUUGCAAUGAUAUUUAAAUGUUUUUUAUAGUGUUUUAUUACUGCAACACAAGUGAAAUCCUCUUCACGGACAGUGAAUGUAUGACACAGAUGACGGAUCGUUCAUAUGCUAUUACAAGUCAUCGUCUGUUUCUUGUGUAAGUUAAGAUGAGGAGACGAAUGAACUUAAACUACCUUUCUCAGACAAAUUAUCAUGUAGUUGUUUUUUUUUUUGUUUUUUCAUGACACAAAAACAUCCCAAUGCUAUAAAACGAGAUAUGCAAGAACUUAAAAGUUUGUUGUGUUUUGGGGCUCAGCAUAAACCGGAAUUACAACUGGAACUGCCAGAACAGGGAUGGGCCACCGUGUGUCAUAACGGGGCGUGAACACACAACACUGAAUUGGUUUGCACAUCCUCGUGACCAAACGUGAAAAACAUGGUGGUGUUUUAUCCCACUAAUGUUUCCACUCAAAAUGAAAAUGAUCAGGUUUCAUUCAUGUUACAUUUAAGAAAUGCCUAGCCUGUUGCACCUGGUCACCUUGUUUUCACUGUCAGUGUUUUCAUUGAUUUAGAAGUCAAACCUCGUCCGUCCGGAGAUCAUCUGCCUCCGAGCUCACGCGCUGUUGUUUUUUUUUUCUGCAGAUACUUCUAGUCAGUCGACGCCUGAUGUAAGCGAGUUCAGGUACUUGUCUUUUUGGAUAAUAGUUUUGUAAAGAUGGUCUAUGAACAGUAGCCUCAUCCUUUUGUGUCCCAGCUGAGGGAUUUCCUGUCAGGUCAAGUCUUAAGGGGAAUGUCUACUAUUACGGAAAAAAUAUCUCAGUUUGCACAAAUGUGCUCUUGUCUUGAUUAAGUAGAGAUGCAGUGAAUAUGUUUCAUCCUUUAUCUACUUGAAAAAUGACAAAAUUAUUUUAAUUAACAAGUCUCGCUUGAUUUUGCAGGUGUGGAAUUUAUGUAAUAAUGUUCUUUGAGUUUGGUACCAAUUAUAUCAUAAUUAGAGACAGUUGGUAGAUUUUCAAUUAACUGCUUGUGUAACCUAGGAGAUAUUCACUCAACGACAGGAAGCGCCAGAAGAAAUUGAAAAGGAAAAUAAAGUGUUCCCAAUAUUUAA